AGCGCUAGCAACCUCCAGUCCACAGCGAAAUAAAUAACACUAUUAGGACGUGGAUCAAUCCAAACAACAUCAGCAUGCCUCGUUGCUACAUCGUCAAGAAGCAAAUAGCAGCUCCGCCACCGACCGUUUCCGUCGGAGGUGGGGUGAUUCCCUAUGGACGGCUCGCUACUAAUGGCCAGCCCGCCGCCAUCCAAUUCAACAACAACCACUAUCAUCAUCAUCAACAACAACAGCAACAGCACCACCACCAGCAGCAGCAGCAGCACGGCCAGAUUACGAUUAUCGGGGGUGGUGGCACAAACAGUGCAACGGAAGUGGGAAAUGUGAUUGUGAAGCAUACUAGUCACAGCAACAGCACUGGUGGGGUAGUCCCGGGGGGAGUGAUCUGUAGUCCCACCCCGGCCGGACCCGGUACCGGAAAUGUGAUUAUACUGAACAGUGUAAGUGUGAUCAGUAGUGGUUCUGGUGGCCCGGGGCAACUGGGAAGCGUGAUUAGCACCGGUGCAGGCAUCAAUGGCAGUGCUGGUGGCGGAGGAUUAGGGGGAACGGGCAUGGGAACGGGAGGAGUGAUACAACGAAUAGUGGAUGAAACAGCAGGACCAACGGGACCGACCAGCCCGACGGAGGCUUGUGUGGCACCGAUCUAUUACACCAACUUGACCGAAAAUCAAAAUGGAUUCUCGAUUCAGCUAAGCGAUUACCGGAGCGUAAAAUGUGAACCAACCACCAAUAUCAAGACCAACAAUAACAACAACAAUAACACCAUCAACAGCAACAGCAACAGCAACGGCAUUAGCCACGUGAAAGCUAAUUCCUCAAGACAUUUAACGCCCCCAUCAGAUAAGAAAGGAGAUAAAUCACCCUCGCCUGUGAUGCCCGUGGGCACCAACUCAUCUUCCAGCAGUAGCAGCAGCAGUACAACAGGUCGUCAAUCGUGCUCGGGUGGCCCAUUCCAGUACGAUACCACCUCGCCAAUAUUCCGCGAUCGAAGCAUCGAAGAAACGGAAGCCGCUCAUGAUUUAUUGUCCUUAUCGCAGAGCCUGCCCCCACUUCCGGCUCCGUGCGUCGUGACAAUCCUUCAUCCCAGCUCGGAACCGACCGUGAACUUUGUCACGUCUAGCACUUCAACCGCCACAACUCACACCCCGCUAGCCACGGACCAACCAACGGCAGCGACGCUCGUCCAGAACGGCAGUAUCAUAAACAUCGUCGACGGAAGCUACCAGUAUCCCCCAGGAUCGGGGCCGAUAUCGAUGAUUAUACCGUGCUACGAAAUUACAACCACGACAGUUCCUGUGGCGAAGACCAUCGCUUCGGCCGCCCCGCUGACUCCACCCACUUCGGAGCAUUCGUCUGACACGGAAAGCAACGGUUCUUCCCCAACCGCUCCAACGUCGGUGGUCUCAUUCGUAUCGUCUUCCAACCAGCUCAUCAAGAGGAAAAAAGCUUGCCCCUCGACAACGCUGGUCGCACAAGGCAAUAAAAAAGCCAAUCUUACUGUAUCGGAACAAUCGGUGUCUUCUACAACCGUUCACCAUCAACCUCAGAAUAAACCGGUAGCCGCAGAGCUCUACACGUACGAUGAUCUCAUUUCCAGUGAUGGACGGUCCAAAAAUCGCAAGAAGCCUACGAACUCACCACCCAAGGAUUCAUCCAGUCCCAUCGUCGACCAAAAUCAACCUCCAGCGGACACCAACCCGGCUCCGGUAGCCACGUCCCCAAAAGGCAAAUACCGUUGCCCAGAGUGCGGAAAAACCUAUGCCACUUCCAGUAAUCUUUCGCGUCACAAGCAAACCCAUCGGAGCCUAGAUUCCCAGUCCGCAAAGAAAUGUCAAACCUGUGGCAAGGCGUACGUUUCCAUGCCGGCCCUAGCGAUGCAUCUACUCACCCACAAACUGUCGCACAGCUGCGGCGUCUGCGGUAAGCUGUUCUCCCGUCCGUGGCUGCUUCAGGGUCACCUCCGGUCACACACCGGUGAAAAGCCGUACGGUUGUGGCCACUGUGGCAAGGCCUUUGCCGAUCGAUCGAAUCUGCGGGCCCACAUGCAGACACACUCUACCGACAAGAACUUCGAGUGUCAACGGUGUCACAAGACGUUCGCGCUGAAGUCCUACCUGAACAAGCAUCUGGAGUCGGCGUGCUACAAGGAAGACGACAUGGUUGGCGGGCGGAAGAUCUACCACAGUAGUCAGGAUAUCGAUCGGGAUGAGGCGCGGCAAAGGGAGUUGCAGCUUCAGGACGAGAAUAGUAGCAUGACGAUCGAUGUCGUUACGACGACGACCAAUACUUGCAGUGGGUUCGAAGGGUUGACCGCAAGAAGCGGUAGUACGGCUCGCAGCGAAGACGGUGAUGGGGACGACGACGAUGAUGAUGAUGAUGAUGAUAUUGACGAGGAUGAAGUGAUCGAUGUCAUUACGGCGUAA